GUUACGUUGUGUCUAUUGUAUCCCUGGGCUUGUGUAUUUGUACAUUUCUCGGGACGUGAAAUUGAGAGUGAAAAGCAUGGCAGAUGAACAAGAAAUCAUGUGCAAAUUGGAAAGCAUUAAAGAGAUCAGGAACAAGACCCUUCAGAUGGAGAAGAUUAAAGCACGUUUGAAGGCUGAGUUUGAGGCCCUUGAAUCAGAAGAGAGGCACCUGAAGGAAUACAAGCAGGAGAUGGACUUGUUGCUACAGGAGAAGAUGGCCCACGUGGAGGAACUCCGACUAAUCCAUGCUGAUAUCAAUGUGAUGGAAAACACCAUCAAACAGUCUGAGAAUGACCUAAACAAGCUGCUAGAGUCUACGCGGCGGCUACAUGAUGAGUAUAAGCCAUUGAAGGAACAUGUGGAUGCCCUGCGCAUGACUCUAGGCCUGCAGAGGCUCCCUGACCUAUGUGAAGAGGAAGAGAAGCUAUCCUUGGAUUACUUUGAGAAGCAGAAAGCAGAGUGGCAGACAGAGCCUCAGGAGCCUCCCAUCCCCGAGUCCCUGGCCGCUGCAGCUGCCGCUGCCCAACAACUCCAAGUGGCUAGAAAGCAGGACACUCGUCAGACAGCCACCUUCAGGCAACAGCCCCCACCUAUGAAAGCCUGCUUGUCAUGUCAUCAGCAAAUUCAUCGGAAUGCUCCUAUAUGUCCUCUGUGCAAAGCCAAGAGUCGGUCCCGGAACCCCAAAAAGCCAAAACGGAAGCAGGAUGAAUGAAGAGAUGGAGAACACAUAGAGCUCUGCUGCUCAUAACCCUUCCCCUUGGUCAGAAUGAUUAAUGUCCUGAUUUGAAACCACCCUGCCCUACCUCUACCAAGUUCCUAUUUAAUGUGAUGGAAGCACAACCCCUCUCACUUUGCUCUUAUUUCUUCUUUCUUCUCUUGGAGUUUCUGAUUUAAGAAAAGAUGUGGUUCAGGUGCUAAUGACAGUGUGUCUUAUGAUACCUUCUCUCCCACCCACAUUUCAACCCCUGCCCUUGUUUGAAGUUGAGGGAAGGGCAGGAGGCCCAGAUGUCAUUCUCUGCCGCUUGUGUCUGAGGCCUGGGGCCUAUGGGCUGAGGGUUGGAAGAGGUCCUUGCUUCAGGUUAAGGCUCCUUGUACUUUUGCCUUAGGCUCUGAAGGAACAACAGUCUUCUUGCAGGACUUUCCAAUAACCUUGGUGUAUAUUUCUCCCCCACUGCCACCCUCAUCUCAUCUCAUCUCAUCUCAUCUCAUCUCAUCUCAUCUCAUCUCAUCUCAUCUCAUCAAGGUCCAGAAGUAACUUGGACAAGGCCUCCUUUUCAUAUUCAUUUGGAAGGUCUGGCUGUUAUUAUGGAGUUCAAUCCCACCCUAGUCUCCUAGAUAUACUAAAGUUCUCAGAUACUAGGCUGUGUCUAGAUAUCCUGAGACUCAUGGGUCUUUCUCCCAUAACCCUAGCUUUUCAAAUCAGUGGCAGAAGUUCCCCACUGUUAAAUUAGGGAGCCAUACCCACUCCAUAAGUCUUUUGUAACCUGCUGCCUAAAUAAAUCAUUUGGGCUCUAAUGUAGGAGCUGCCUUAGGUUGAGAGGGGCCCUAUGCCGACAUCUGUGUUGCCAAAUAGUCAACCAUUUUGAACAAAACCAUUUAUUAAACACCAUUAUUCUGGUGCUUACAUAGUGAUAUAUCUGAGAAUCAAGUGAGUGCUAAUCAUUUUACACAGGUAGGAGGGUGGGAGGUAGGACUUCCCUUCCCUUUGUCCUUCUCUCUCUUAGUUCUGCCCUCUUCUGUAAGGAAGCCUCAGUUCAGGUCAGCUGUUGGCCACCCCCUUUCCUAUAGAUUCUCCAGAUGGUCUUCCCUUAUAAAAGAAAAGGCACUAGGCUCCCCAGGCCCUGUAGCUCUCUUCUCUGCCAAAAUCAAAUGUCUAGUCAAGUUACUCUUCUACUUAAAGGACAGAGAUAGGAGUUGGCUGAGUGAAAAAGGUUUAACUCCAAGUCUUAGUCCCUGGCUUGGGAAAGGGGAAUAUUUUCCCUUCCUUCCUUAACUUUAGUUUUAAGUUGCUGGUGUUAGUGUGUUCAUAAUAUAAAAAGUUCUUCUGCUCUUUGAAAGUAAGAGUGUUAUGUCUGUACAAAUUCUUUUAAAUAAACAUUUGUUCAUUGGAGUGAA